AUGGACGAGGUGGAGUAUGACGUCACCAAGGCUCGGCAGAAGACGACCAAGGUGGGCUCCUUCCGAAUAAAUCCUGACGGGACGCAGGAGAGGAGAAAGACCCCCCUAGCCCACUCGGAGGUUUUCCUAACAGACCUGUUGGACCAAGUGUGCGAGCGGAUGAACCACUACCAGCUGGAAGAAGAUUCCGUGACUCGGCAGAAGAAGUUUAAGAGAUUUGCUCCAAGGAAAGGAGACAGAAUAUACAAAGAAUUUAAAAAAUUCCAUUUUUAUUCUGAUGCUUACAGACCUUUGAAAUUCGCGUGCGAAGCUAUUAUAGAGGAGCAUGAAGACAAGAUAUUCUCACUUAUCGCCCAGGAGGCACACGACCUCGCUGACAAGCUGUGCAGUGAGAAAGCAGAUCUCUGUGGAGCCUCUGCUAACCUCGAGGAGCUCCUGGAUGGCACCUCUACCGGUUACUGAGGAGGAAAGUCACAGCCCACAGGUCAACGUCCGUGUUCCUAUCUUCACGUUUCGUCACGAAAACAAAGUUCACGUGUCUCGUUUAUAUGGUGUUGUCGCACGUAUGACAUUGUGUUGAAAAUCUGUUGUUUGGUGUCGCGACAGACCCGAUUCUUUGGAUAGGGGAAGUUGAGGACUGCAUAAAACAAAUUACCCUUGUGGAUUCGGAUACAGACAGGGUCAGGAGUGAAGCGUUUAAGUGCCCAGGAAGAAAAAAACGGAAGGCAUUUCAUAAAUGAAAUCAGGAUUUGAUAACAUACACAAUAUCUUAUGCGCGUCUACAACUAUAAUGUUCUAGUUGAUGAGAAAGAGCAUGAUUUGAGUUCUUAAAUGCUUGAUUGGUCACGAAGGUAAGAAAAUAUAUUGCCACAAAUUCCAGAUUAUGUCUUCUGGGUUCUAUACGGUGAUCGAUUAAAGACACAAACUUUCUUUCCAUCAGGAAGGAGAUACGAAGUUCCAGAAACCUUCAGUUUAAAAACGUAUUCAUCUCUAAAAUGUAACGGAACGUGUGAAAAAAUAACGCUUUUCUCGCAAGCAAUAUGGUGGCCUUUCUUCCGCAUACCUUGUUAAUCCAGAUGAGUCAGAAAGUCACUGUACUGUUAUCUUGUGUGUUCUUCAAAGAUGGCACCAGUGACCGCGUUUUGUUUUGCCGCAAACUCUGUUGUGCGUGUGCGUCUCUGAAAAGACUUCCAGCUAACGCUUAGUGUGUGUAUUUUACCGCUAACUAAUCUAUUGUCCUCCCAUUUGGGUGUGUUUGUAGGUGUGGAGACAGAG